ACUAACGCCCCCGGGCGUCGUCAGGUCAUUUGCCGUAGAAGAAGACGGGAGGCCUCAGUGCGCAUGCGUAAACCACGUACACCGAUGAUCAGACAGUCUCUGCUGGAUGCUAGCUGGCUAGCAGGCUAGCUAACGGUCUGUCAAGUCGCACACAUUGACCCAGGAGGGGAAGCGCGGCGGCGGAGAAGAAGAAGAAGAAGGGCGACCCCAGCGCCGCGACGAAAUGGCCGGGCAACAGUUCCAGUACGAUGACAGCGGCAACACCUUUUUCUAUUUCUUGACGUCCUUCGUGGGACUCAUUGUGAUCCCGGCCACAUAUUACAUCUGGCCCCGGGAUCAGAAUGCUGAACAACUGCGUCUGAAGAGCCUGAGGAGGGUCCACGGCAGGUGUCUGUGGUACCGGCUCCGGCUGAUGAAGUCGCAGCAGAGCAUCGUCCCAACUUUAAAGAAAGCAGCCUUGUUAUUUGGGUGGGCUGUGUUUCUGCUGCUAGCCUACAAAGUGUCCAAGCUGGACAGAGAGUACCAGGAGUACAAUCCUUAUGAAGUCCUCAACUUGGACCCGGGUGCUUCUCUGUCAGAAAUCAAGAAGCAGUACCGUGUACUGUCACUCAAGUUCCACCCUGACAAAGGUGGUGAUGAGGCCACAUUCAUGAGAAUAGCCAAAGCCUACGCUGCUCUGACCAAUGAACAGUCGCGACAGAACUGGGAAAUGUACGGUAACCCAGAUGGACCAGGAGCUACGAGCUUUGGUAUUGCCCUGCCUGCCUGGAUUGUUGACCAGAAGAACUCAAUGCUGGUCUUAUUGGUGUAUGGACUCGCCUUUAUGGUCAUCCUUCCUGUCGUUGUGGGUACAUGGUGGUACCGCUCCAUCCGCUACAGUGGAGACCAGAUCCUCAUCAACACUACCCAACUCUUCAUGCAUUUUAUGUACAAAACGCCAAACAUGAACAUGAAGCGAUUGGCCAUGGUUUUGACGGCGGCGUUCGAGUUUGACCCUCGCAGCAAUAAAGAAGCUACAAUACGACCAACAGACAACAUUGAAGUGCCACAGUUGAUUCGUGAAUUAGGAAAUAUCAACGUGAAGAAGAAGGAGCCUCCGUUCUGUUAUCCUUACAGUUUAAAGGCCAGGGUCCUGGUGCUCGCUCACCUGGCCCGAAUGGAUGUAUCAGAAGAGUUGGAGGAAGAUCAGAGGUUUGUGGUGAGGAAGAGUCCGGCUCUCUUGCAGGAGAUGAUCAACGUCGGCUGUCAGCUCACUAUGAUGGCCAACAGCAGAGGAGGUUUCCACGCUCCUCGGCUGGUUACCAUAGAGAACUGCAUGAAACUGACCCAGAUGUGCGUGCAGGGCCUGCAGGAGUCAAAGUCACCACUUCUGCAGCUCCCCCACUUUGAGGAGGAGCACCUCCGCUACUGCAUCUCCAAGAAGUACAAAGUUCGGAGCCUUCAGGACCUGGUGAGUCUCAAGGACUCGGACAGACGCAGCAUGUUGCGUUUCCUGGGGGAGGAGAAGUACGAUGAGGUCAUGUCUGUGUUGGGCAGCUUCCCUCACAUCAAUAUGGAUACCAAACUUCAGGUCCUGGAUGAUGAAGACAGCAAUAACAUCACCGCAGGCUCUAUCGUCACAGUAACUGUCACCUUAACCAGAAAACGGAUGGUGGACAUGUUUGAAAAAGAGCAGGAGUCAACACCAUGUACAGGAGAGGAGGUUGCCACUACAGAGGAAGCACAAGGAGACUCCAGUAAAGCCAAAACCAAAGUGUGGCAGAACAAGAGUAAAGGAGCCAAGAAAACAGCCAAGUCCAAGAAGAAAAAAUUAAUGAAGAAGAAGCCCACUCCUGCGCCUGCCAAAACCAAACAGGCCAACGGCAACGUGGCAGGAAAUGAAGUCGUAGCAGCAACAUCAGCAGCAGUAAAGGAGGAAGAGGAUGAGGCAUCAGACAAGGGCAGCGAAUCAGACGAGGGUGAAGCCAACAAGGACUCUCCCAGCGAGAGAGACGAAGACAGCGACAAGCAAAGCGACACAGAAGUGGAUGAGAUGGCUGGAGACGACGAAGAGGAGUGGGAGGCAUUGCAGCAAAGCAUCCAGCGGCGAGAGCGGGCCCUGCUCGAGACCAAGUCGAAGGUGACGCACCCCGUCUACAGCCUCUACUUCCCAGAGGAAAAGCAGGAGUGGUGGUGGCUCUACAUCGCCGACAGGCGAGAUCAGACCCUCGUCUCCGUGCCAUACCAUGUGUGCACGCUACAAGACACAGAAGAGGUGGAGCUGAAGUUCCCAGCUCCGUCCAAAACAGGGAACUACCAGUAUUCAGUCAUCCUCCGCUCUGAUUCCUACCUGGGACUGGACCAGAUCAAACCACUUAAGCUGGAGGUCCACGAGGCCAAGGCCAUGUUGGACAACCACCCACAGUGGGACAUCCCCGACACGGAGGAGGAGGACGAGGAGCAAGAGGACAGCGACGGCAUCGAGGAGAGUGAAGACGACGACGAGGACAACGACUGAACGGGGACACACACAUUCGCGCACACACACACACACGCUCAGCCUUCUCCCAUGGACUGGCCACACACCCACCCCUGACCCCACGAACGGCACUCGAGAGAGAGCAGCGAGCGAGGAGCAGCGAUGCCCUGCCUGACACACACACACACACACACACACACAUUGAAUCAUUAGGGCAAUGUAUACACACAGAGCCCUCCUGCUCUUCCUCGUCUAUUUUACCCUUACAAUGACAUGGACUGUGACCAUUUCCUCUUUUCUACAGAGACUCGUUCCUUCGCUUUCCGUCGCUGGCGGAAUAGAAUUCUGUGAAUACGUAACCAGGCCCAUGUGUGCGAGUGGGUGUGCAUGUGAGGCUGUGUGUGUGUGUGCGCGGGUGUGUUUGCUGCGUGUUUGUAGCCUUGUAUGUGUUUGUACAGGUAUGAACGGUUGACACACUGUGGACUGGAGGACCUAUUAUCUGGGCUCUUUUCUCGAGGAGGGAGAGGGGAUGUGUAACAGCUAAUUCUGUUUUUUGCAACACAAACGAGAAGAAAACAACAAAACACCCGACCUCAUGACGUAACUCGCGCUCCAAACUUUAAAAAAAAAAAUCACUCAUGCACCGAUGUUCUCCACGUCAAUGAUACCUUCUAUUGUACACUUAAACUGCAGAGGUGUGAGCUUUAGCCCUGUUCGUCUGGGAUCACGUCCAAGUCAACACUUUGGCAGGGGCACAGUUAAAUCUCGUCUUUUUUUUCUUCCUUUUAUUCGGUCACACUAGCCAGCCAGUCAUGUGUAUGUACUUGUAAUUACUGUAUGUUGAAGGGGAUAGAUACUGAUUUCCUGUCAGUCCUGUCCAUGAUCCACAUCAAACUGGAGAUGACUGUCGGUUGAUAGCAGGCUGCUCUAAUAAUGAAUCCUAACCUCAAGUUAAAUGAGGCGAAAAUGACAAAACUUGCAGUGUUGUGAUUUUUUUCCUCCUUCUUCGUAAACUACAUAAAAGUUGUGACAGAUUCUGAAAUAUAUAAUAUAUAGAUACAUACUCGUGGCUUUUCAGAGAAGUGACUUCCUUUCUCCAUCUUUUUUGCCGCACAUUCCAGUGUAUGCUCAUUGUCCAAAAAGGCCUUAUGAAUACAACUGAAACACCACGACAUACAAGUCAUUGGGUGCUAAUGCCCCAGUGAAUCAUGGGAGAGAAGAAAAAAUAUAUUUGUUUGUGCGUUUGUAAAAUAUUCUAGAGUUUUUCCUUUUUGUUUCAGUUUGGAAUGAGUCUUCAUAAGAACCUGUAGCUCUGCAGUCUUCAUGCAUAUCUCUGAUCUCGCCACGAGUACAGUUUUGUCUGGUGAAAGAGAGUUAGCAGUCGAGUGACAUGGCUGGAGUGUGAGGUUCCCUGACACACAUACUACACAAUUGGAAAUGUGUCUCGAACAAAAACCUGUCGAAAGCAACUUGUCGUAUGAGAC